AAUGUGUACACUUCCAUGUUUAAUACAAAGUCUUUCUGAUAAAAACAUAUUUGAUAUUCCAGUGUGUGUGACUGUCAUUUAUAUUCCGCUGAUGCUCUUCGGCCUGCUGGGAAAUAUACUAACAAUUCUGGUGGUUUGGCUCCGCCCUCACAUGAGAAGCUCGACCUACCUCUACCUGAGCAGCAUGGCCGUCAGCGAUCUGUUUAUACUGCUCCUGCUGCCUCUGGAUCUGUAUAAGCUCUGGAGGCCCAGACCCUGGCCAUUUGGAGACCUUGCGUGUAAACUCACUAUGUUCAUGUCAGAGUGCUGCACCUUCUGCACAAUCCUUCACAUCACCUUCCUCUCCAUUGAGAGGUACGUGGCGGUCUGUUGGCCUAUCACAGCCAAGACCCUGGUGACCCGCCGUAGAACCAGGGCUCUUAUUGGCUGCCUGUGGCUGGGUGCUGCCGUCAGUGCAGCUCCGGUGUUGGUCAUGGUUGGAGUGGAGGAAGUCGUGGGAGAGGAGCCAGGGCUUGGUGGAUGGAGGGAGGACAGAGGGUGGACAGGGAGUGAAGGAGGAUUCAUGAUAGGUGAAAGGGAACAAGGACAUGGAGAAAUUGUCUCCAGUGAUGGAGGAUCAGAGGGAAUAAAGUGGGGAGAAAACGUUGGUGAGAAAAUAGUGUUGGUGGAGAAAGAAGAGAGACAACUGGAGACAGGAGGAAGAGAGAAUACCAAACAAGGAGACGGAAGAAAAACAAGGGACGAGGGAGGUAAUAUUAAAGAACAAAGGGUUGAAGUUGAGGGAAUGCAUCAUAAAAAGUUGAAAAAGGAAGAUGGAGGAGGAGUGAAAGAAAGCGUUGAUGGAGGUCGGGGUCUUCCUGACAACAGAGAGUGCCGCGUAACAGACUACGCCAUCUCCUCCGGCCUGUUGUCAGCCAUGAUGAUUCUCUCCAACUUGUACUUCCUGGUACCAUUCUGCAUCCUGGGACUGGUCUACAGCCUGAUUGGACGGACGCUGUGGCUCCGCCCACAAAGUAGCCGGAGAGAACAGAGCCAUCGGCACACUGUCAAAAUGUUAGGCGUGAUUGUGUUGGCGUUUGUCCUCUGCUGGCUGCCCUUCCAUUUGGGUCGGACUAUUUUCUCUCUUUCUCAGGGCGGCAGUACUGAUGGACAGGAAGCGUACCCUGACACAAAUGCACACUUGGAGGAGAUGAAUGCUGUGUCAGAUUGCGUAGUCAGUGAUGUCAGCUCGCACACCGAUGUAGACACGCACAUGGCAGACAAAGCAACUGGGACGCAAACAAACAUGGGCACACAAUCUGAGGAUAUGAGCAUUGACCGAGACUUAUUUUCUCAUACUACGUCUCUCAGCAGACAGAGAGGUACACACACUCCUGCACACUCCAGUGACCUGUCACUUAUUGACACAAAUAAUAAUAUGCAUAAUAGCACAAACACCUCCUCACAUAAUGACACACACACUAUUGCAGAUAUUGUUACACAGAUAUCAAAUUCACAUAGUGUAUUCAUAGACACGAGCACCAGUACACACACCUACAGGCCCAGCUUUACAGACGUUCACACACUCCCUAAUGAGCAAAACAAGACACCAAUUUGUAUAAACUCCCAAAAGAACACACCUCCCACCUCAGGAACAAGCAUAUACACUUUGACCCCAACAGACCUUUACAGUGGCACACCUUUCAACGAUACAUACUCACAACCUGAUUCACACUAUUUUCUAUACUAUCUGUCUCAGUACUUCAACCUGGUGUCCUCUGUCCUCUUCUACCUCAGUGCUGCUGUCAAUCCUCUGCUGUACAACCUGAUGUCUACCAGAUACAGACACGCUGUACACAGCCUCAUGCACACACACUCUCACACGCAGACUCACCGUCGGCGCACACUCACAGGACAGCACUCCACAACCACUUUGUAAGGGUGAACACUGACCACAAUGAUAGAGAUCAUCACUGGAGGCAAAAAAGAAGGGAAAUUAAACUUGAUUCUUUUAAUAUAGCUCGGCUUUUAUUUGGCAGGGCUUCUUAUCAUUUUUUUUAAUAGAGCCUUACAUUGCGUCUCUAAAGCGUUGCAGCCCGUGACAAAUACCAGUUAAACUAACAUUUAAACAGUUGGUUUCCAAUGAGGUGUAGUCAAACAGAAUAUAGUUAGUUAUUCCUGUGCUUUUUCUUGCUAUGGCUAGUCAUGCUAAUAUAAAGGUAUUCAUGUGGUGACGAAGUGGGACACUUAAAUGCUGUCAUCAGAAGAAUAAUGUACAGUGACAUUUCAGGUUGCAAGUUGUAUAAAUGUAUGGGUUAACCAUUGUCCUCUUAGCUACUAAUGGGACAAUGGUUAGUACAAAAUGCAGGAGGACAUUUGGCCAUAUUUAUGGGUAAAACAAAAUAUUGGAUAACCAGCUAGCCAGGGUAAUACUACUGUUUAUGUUAGCAUUCUAGCUA